AUGGAACAACAACGUUGGAAUAAAGCAAUGCAAGAGUUAAGUGGGAAUAACCAAAGUAUAGAAGGACUAAUAAACUCCUGGUUAGUAGUCACAAGUUGGUUAGAUCCCAAACGUAUUAAUUCUCGAACCGAGAAAGAGGUACCAUCAGAGGUUAAUAAAAGUUUAGAAAACCUUCGUCACACACCAUUAGCAAAGAGAAUAGUGGAAUGGUAUCUCGAUGUGGUAAACAAGAAUAUCAUUGAAAAUUUUGAUAUAAGAUUAAAAGAUUGGCGUGAAGAUUGGAAAUAUCAUAAUAAUCAUUAUAAUAAUGAUGGGGGUAAUGAUGAUCAUAAUGAUAAUAAUGAUGAUUCAAAAAGGGAACAAGAAUUAGAGAAUUGGAUUAGUGAAUCUUAUUCAAAGAUUAUUCAUGAUAUUUAUUUACAUUAUAAAAAUUGUGAAAGACCAUUCCUAUUUAUGAAUGCGAGUGAAGAUAUCAAAGAAGAAGGCAUAAUAAUAGAAUCAACAACAACAACAUCAUUACAAUAUGGAGAAAAAGAAAUAAUUAAUCAUAUAAAGAAUUUUAACAAUAUAUGUGAAGAAAUGCAUACUUUAAAAUUAAUCCAACGUACUAAAGAUAAAAUAGAAGAAAUGUUAUGUGAAAGAAUAGAACAAAAAAUUUUAAAUACUUGUAAAGGAAAUUUUAACAAACCAAUGUUAAGAUAUACAUCAAAAUGGUUAUAUUCAAUUAUAUAUCCUUGGUUAUAUAUUAUUCUUUCUUCUGACACUUCUUCAUUGGAAUCAUUAAUUGAAG